UGCAGUUAGAGCAAAGUGCUCAGAUAAAUUGCGGCGCUGCUUCGUGAACCUGUUGGUGCAAGUCUGAUAAGGUGUUUGUGUGAUUUCUGUGAUUUCAAUCGUGUAUGGACACAUGAGUGAAUAUUUCCAAAUCAUGUUCAAAAUUUCAGUAUGAAGCUGGAUCUGAACAGCUCCAACAUGUCUGUGGGGUCCAGUGCUGAGAGGCCUGAGCAGGGGCCGGUGGAGUACCGCCUGGUCGGUCUCAUCUUCUACUGCUUCAUCUUCAUCGUCGGAGUCAUCGUCAAUAUCACCGCCCUGUGGGUCUUCUCUCUCACCACCAAGAGGAGGAACUCGGUCACUGUCUACAUGAUAAACGUGGCGAUGGUGGACCUCACCUUCAUCCUGCUGCUUCCCUUCAGGAUGGUCUACAACCACCAGGACUACUGGCCCUUCGGAGAUAUUUUCUGCCGGGUCAUGGCCGCUCUCACCAUCUUCUACCCCUGCAUCGCUCUUUGGCUGUUUGCUCUGAUCAGCGCUGACCGCUACAUGGCUAUCGUGCAGCCAAGGCAUGGCAAGGAGCUGAGGAACGUCCCCAAGGCCGUGGUGGCGUGUUUGGGGGUGUGGCUCAUGACCUUGGGCUGCACCGUCCCCCUGCUCUUCUCCGAGCACGACCCCGAUCAAAUCUCCAACUUCACCACCUGCGUGAAGAUGCAGGACAUUGUCUACUUACGCCACGACAAUGCUGUCAACUUUGUGCGACUCAUCUUCUUCUUCCUGGUUCCCAUCUGUAUAAUGCUAGGCUGCUACGUCGUCAUCGUGGACAAUCUGAUCCACGGCCGCACCUCCAAGCUCAAACCUAAAGUGAAGCAGAAGUCCAUCCGGAUCAUCAUCACGCUCAUUAUCCAGGUGUUGGUGUGCUUCGUGCCUUUCCACGUGUGUUUACUGCUCCGUUUCAUAGGGACGGGCCAGGAUGGCGGGUUCAGCACGUGGGCGGUGUUCACCACAUUCCUGAUGAACAUGAGCACCGUGUUGGACAUUAUUCUGUAUUACAUCGUCUCCAAACAGUUCCAGGACCGAGUGAUCAGUGUGAUCCUGUACAGGAACUAUCUGCGCAGUGUGAGACGGAAGAGCCGGCACACGAUGAGCAACGUGACCAGUGCCAUGACAUGAAGCGGCCGUCGAACACCGCACAUAUAUGGGCUCUGUGGAUUCCCGCAGCCAAAUGUAACACUGCGUGUAUCGCCCCAGUAUAGUUCAUUAUCCAAAGGAUCAAAACUUGCAAUUAAUUUCCGAGGUGUGAUUUACACUCACAGUAUGGGAGUGCUGCUGUUGUGGCAAAAACAUCUGUGUUCGGAGCUGAUUGACUCACCCAUGAGACUUGAGAUUUUUUUUCUUGUGCAGCUCUGCUCUGGCACACGCAGCGUCGGAGCGAGUGGCUCAGGUGUAACAAAUGCAAGCGGAAAUAAAGGCGGUGAUGGUUUAGAUAAUAGCCCCCACACAGUAUCUCAGUGUUUGGUCUGACUCUGUGAAUAGAUACUGAAACCCUCCUCAGCCUCCUCACUAUGUCGCCUGACAACCACCAAGGGUCUGACAGCCUCCACAGCAGCCUACAGGAAACAAUGGUGGGUUUCUUGUGUGAUCUCUUCCUGUUUGGUCUGUACACCAUGUUUUUUUAUAUAUAUCUUCAGUGUUGCAUCAUGGCCAUGGAGUAAAUAUAACAUGUAAAAUCUAUAAUUGCAACACAUACAUAUUUAAAGUUGCUGAAUUUAUUGACCAGGUGAUGGCAGCAUGGCACAGCGAGAUCCCAUCUCUCUGCCAGAGCAGGAUUGACGAGGAGAGGGGCUGGAUCCUUCUGUGUCUUGUGCAGAGUUACUUCUCCCUUUUUGGUUUCUGCAUGUUGUUACAUCUCAAACGUCUUCACGAGAGCAAAUCUUUCGUUUGUCUCUCGAUGCCGUCGACGCCUAAAAGAGAAGUUAACUACAUCCGUAACGGCUCCCUCCACCAGGACUGAAGUGUGUUUAUGGUGCACUGCGAAUCAUAUUGAUUAGAUGCUAAAUGAUUCAGUCCCUUGAAGUGCAUUUACAGUAACAUCCUCAAGAGAUGUCAGUGAGGUUAUCUGCUAGAUUUAGAGCAACCUCCACCUUAAGAGAGAAAACUCCGUUCUGCACCGGGAUGCUUUCAUGUCGGGUCUGCAGGAGUUAGAAGCAAGAUCCUGAAAUAUCCGUUUAUCUAGCUACUAAGGUACAAUCAGCUUUAUGAAUGUGGACUGUGCAUCUCGCCCUUGAUUUGUGUAUUGAUAAUGACCCUUUAAGAAGUGCAGUUCUGAAUUUGGUGCCAUUUGGACCCGUGAUUUGUUCAAUACUAAUAAAGAAAAAGGAUAAACAGCUGACCAGCACUCUGCAGGAGUUUGGUUUCUCAAAUGACAGAAGGGCUAACAUGUACUGGUCUUGAUGUCUUGUCUGUGUAAAAAAAAAACAUCUCAGGAGCUAAGAAUUGAUUUGGAGUUGCCAAUUUCUAAAAUAAUCAACUUAGUGUGUCUUUCACAGCAACACAGUCCUAACUGGAUUAGACAGUGAGUCAGUGGAGCUGAGUAACUACGUAGUGUCUCAGACAAUUAGGAAGCCGCCGUGUCGGUGGUGUUUCUUAAAGUGAGUCUGGUUUUAUGCGUGUUAAAUUCUCACGUCUUUACAAGCAGUUAAAUUCCCACUGAGAUAUGUCAGUGUGCCACAGCGGUAAAAGGACAAACUGCACUGAGAGUCCAUAUGUUUCCUGAUUGGUUCACCCAAUGUUCAUAUGCAAGAAAGGACCAGGGCACACAGAGGAAGUAGAUUUACAUCGCGUUUAACGGGACGAGGCAGACUCCGACGUUUCCAUCUCACACGGAAUUCUGGGAAGUGCAGUUCAUCACGCGAUGAUAGCUUUAUUGGCCGGCGGACUCCGAGUGGAUUGAUGACCGGGGGGGUCAAAGGUCAAAUGAAACAUCAGAGGGUCAUCUAUCUGUCCCACCUGUUAGACAUCAAAGAAAAACCAGCCGCGCCGCUCACAGCAACUGGCAUUUAAAACAAUUAAGUUUCCUGUCAAGUCCCUGUGAUGAAUUAUCCGGAAGCUUUACCAGCUGUAAUUCUAAAUCUUCCCAACAAGUGCCUUUGUUGUAGAGAAAUUAAUGAAAACAAGAUUGUCUUUCAUAGGAGCUGAUCUAACAGCGCGGCAGCCAGCUGCUCUUCUUUGGGAAUAAAAAACAGUCAGCAUUAAGCACAGCUCAGACAAAAUACUCUCUUUUUUUUUUCUCCCCUACCACUCGUGUGGAAAACAAAUCAGGCGGCGAGCACAGUGGCCAUCUGUUUUGUUAUUUGAUAUGUGUGAAUACAUGUUGUAAUGACUUUGUUUGUGAAUCACUCUGCGCGGCAGAACACACGAGAGCUCUCGAAGUGCUGGAGUGUUCAAAGCUAAUCAUAUAAUUGGACACAAUAGUCGAUGACAAAUGGAGACGCUCGGAGCCAGCCAGCUGGGGAAGUGAAUAUGUAAUCAUUGUAAAAUCAUAUCAUUUUUGCAUAUUUGAAGACAGCUUAAUAGAGUUUGCAUGUCAGUACACUAUCAAAUAAUGAUGACAGUGUGUCGCUGCAUUUGCUUUCCUGAUUUGUUGGACUAUUACUUUCCUAUUAAACGCGAUUCUGAAGA